AUGUAUCCUGAAAAAUGUGCAUGGCUAAAUUAUGAUGAAACUUUAUUUUAUCCUCUUUUACAAGCAUAUCCUGAAAAACAAUCUGAAUUACUAUUAACAUUUCAUGUUAAACCUCUCAAACGUAUUGCUAUAUAUUUAUCGUGUAAAAAUCCUAUAAAAAGAUAUAUAUUUCCAUUUUUUUAUCCUAUUCCAAAUGAAAUUCAAGCGGUACCUUUAGAAAAAAGAAUAUAUUUAUCUCCUGUAUUUAUGCAUUGUUCUUUAGGUAGAAAUUCUAACUAUAGUAUAAUGUAUUCAGAAUACAAAACAUUAACUG